CUCCCUCCUCCCUCCCUCUCUCUCUCUAUCCACCCAUCCAAGAGGUUGUAGCAGAUGCUCACCUCACUUUGGACUUUUUAUCAACACUUGGAUUGACAUCGCGGUGGAUUUUAGGAUUACAUUUCUUCGCACCUGUAAAGGAAGUCAUUUGGGGGAUUUACCGUUGGAUAGGGGAUCGUGCGUUAAUGCUGAGCUAAGGAACAAGUGAGAAUUGGAGGAUAGGAGCCACACAGAGCGAGAGAGAGACGUCCAGUGAAACUAAGUGAUCUGCAAUCCAGGUUGGAGACUUUGAUGGUGAUCACAACCUAAGCUCAAAAGACCAGCUGAUAUGGAGCUGCGACUGGGAUGCAGGGCUUCCCUGGUCCUGGUCAUACUGGCCCUGACGCUCUCAGGACUGAGGGUUGAUGCUCAGAGCAGGGCAGGCUGUAAGAACGUGCAUUAUGACCUGGUGUUCAUCCUGGACACAUCAUCCAGUGUGGGGAAGGAGAACUUUGAGAAGAUCCGCCAGUGGGUCUCCAACCUGGUGGAGUCGUUCGACGUGGGCCCGGACAAGACGCGUGUGGCAGUGGUACGCUACAGUGACCGGCCCACCACAGAGUUCAACCUGGGACGGUACAGCACCAUGGACGAGGUGAAGAGGGCCGCCAGGAACAUCCGCUACCUGGGAGGGAACACCAUGACCGGGGACGCCAUCAGCUACACCACCACCAACAUCUUCACAGAGCGGGCCGGGGCCCGGCCUGCCGCCAGGGGCAUCCAGAAGGUGGCUAUUCUCCUGACGGACGGGAGGAGCCAGGAUUACGUGUUGGAGCCUUCCAAGGCGGCGGCGAAGGCUGGGGUGAGGAUGUUCGCAGUGGGCAUCGGGGAGGCUCUGAAGGUGGAGCUGGAAGAGAUCGCUGCGGAACCUAAGAACGCUCACGUGUUCCAUGUGACAGACUUCAACGCCAUCGACAAGAUCAGAGGGCGGCUGAGGAGACGGCUCUGUGAAAACGUGCUGUGCCCCAAUAUGAAGGUCCAACCAGACCGCUUCAAGCCCAACAGUACCAGCUAUGGCUUGGAGGAAGUUCCAGGGUUCGACCUGAUGGAAUACUUCAAGGUGGAAAACAUACUGGGACCAAGGUUUGAUGAGGGCCAGAGCUCCUAUGUUCGACUUGGGACCAUGCCUAUUGUACAACAGACAGAAGACGUGUUCCCUCAAGGUCUGCCAGAUGAAUAUGCUUUUGUGACAACUUUCAAGUUCAGGAAGACCUCGAGACGAGAGGACUGGUACCUCUGGCAGAUCUUUGACAAGUAUGGAAUUCCACAGGUGUCUAUCCGUCUGGACGGUGAGAACAAGGCAGUGGAAUACAACGCAGUGGGGCUGACCAAAGACGCAGUGAGAGCUGUGUUCAAGAAUGAAGAGGUGGACAACCUGUUCGACAGGAACUGGCACAAGAUCGCCCUGAGCGUCGAGGCCAAGGCGGUGUCUCUGUACCUGGACUGUAAACUCAUCCAGACCCUGCCCAUCGGGGACAGGGAGGACAUUGAUAUCCACGGGAAGACUGUGAUCGGGAAGAGGCUGUACGACAGCGUGCCCAUUGAUUUUGACCUCCAGAGGAUGAUGAUCUACUGUGACUCCAAACACGCUGAGCUGGAGACCUGCUGCGAUCUGCCCACCGGGCCAUGCCCCAAGAUGGUGGUGACGGAGGCCCCUCCCAUAGAGAUUCCCACCCCCACCCCUGCAAGCGAUGAGCAGCAGAGAGGACCCCAGGCGGUCAACUGCUCAUGUCCCGCUGGAGAGAGGGGAGAGAUCGGUGUACCUGGCGUUGCCGGGCCCAAGGGUGAAAAGGGUGAUACUGGUGAUCUGGGAGCGGUUGGACCUUCUGGCCUCAAGGGAGCCAAAGGAGAAACUGGCAAAGUAAUAUCUGUCAAGGGAGACAGAGGUGAGAAGGGUGAUCCCGGGAGACGGGGGGCAUCCGGCGAUGAAGGAUCCAAAGGGGAGAAGGGAACCAGUGGAGCUGCGGGUCUUGCUGGGAAAGAUGGAUCUAAAGGAGAAAGAGGUGAAUCAGGGCUGGCAGGCGAUCAGGGAUUACCUGGACCUCUGGGACCAAAGGGAAUUCAAGGAGACUCAGGACUUCCUGGUUCAUCUGGACUCAAAGGUGUCGGUGGUGAAAAAGGUUUGAAAGGAGAUAAAGGAUCAGCAGGAUUAAGGGGUGACAAAGGUAUUGACGGAUUCCCUGGAAAACCUGGUGUUCCUGGAAAAGAUGGUUUGGGAGGACUGACUGGUGCACCUGGAGCCGCUGGAGUGAAAGGGGAAAAGGGAGAGAUAGGCCCUGCUGGAAUGCCUGGGGAUAUGGUUCAAAGCGAGGGCUUGAAAGGAGUGGAUGGACCUCCAGGACCUCGUGGCCCUCCAGGGCCUGACGGCCCACCAGGACCCCCUGGAGCACCUGGUCAACUUGGUUUACCUGGCGAACCUGGAGAGUUUGGCCAAAGGGGCAAGAAAGGUGAAAGUGGAUUACCUGGUGUUGAUGGGCUACCCGGACCUCCUGGUCCCCAGGGGCCUCCUGGAGGGCAAGGAAACCCUGGACAAACUGGACCUCCUGGUCUACCUGGUGAGAUUGGAUUUUCAGGGAAACCAGGAGAGCCUGGCAAAGCUGGUUUACCUGGAAACGAUGGGCUGGACGGAGUUCCAGGAAAUGACGGAGACAAGGGGCCUAGAGGAGAGUCUGGAUUGGAUGGCUUCCCUGGUAAACCUGGUCCUAAGGGUGAAGAAGGACCACCUGGGCCAAGAGGACCUGGAGGAGAGAGUGGACCAGUUGGUUUAACUGGACAACCAGGGGUCGUUGGACCAAGAGGAGAGAAAGGAGGACAGGGUGACAGAGGACAAGAUGGCUCUCUCGGGCCAAAGGGUGACAAAGGUGACAAGGGUGACACAGGACCCAAGGGAACUCCAGGAAUACCAGGAAAUGUGGCCAAUGUUAUCCCUGAGCCUGGUGAGCCUGGAAAUCCUGGAGCGAGAGGAGAAAAGGGAGAGCAGGGGAAUCCAGGAGAGAUUGGUCAACGAGGACUGCCUGGUGAACCAGGCUUUAGAGGACUGGCUGGACCACAGGGCCCUAAAGGAGACAUUGGCCCUAAAGGAGAGACUGGGAGACAAGGAGACCCUGGUCCUCCAGGAUUGCAGGGUACACAGGGCACCCGUGGACUGCCUGGCAAUGUGGGCAUCCCUGGAACCCUUGGACCACCUGGAAUAGCUGGACAGAGAGGAGAGAGGGGAGAGUUGGGGAAGGAGGGUCGUGCUGGCCCCCCAGGCCCUCCUGGAGAUGCAGGCAUACAAGGACCCCCUGGCCUACCAGGGAAGGGCAAAGACGGACAGAACGGUGACCCUGGACAGCGGGGAAUUGAAGGACCUCCCGGACAGAAGGGCCAAAUCGGGUCCCAGGGACUUCAAGGGGUUCCAGGGGACAGGGGACCUCCAGGAGAAGGCAAAGUCGGACCCCCGGGACCUUCAGGGCCCAAUGGUGCAGUUGGAUCACCGGGCAUGAGAGGUCUGCCAGGUGUCGCAGGUGCACAGGGACCUGCAGGACACCAUGGUUUACCAGGACGACCAGGAGAGAAGGGAUCCCCAGGAGAGCCAGGAGCAGCAGCAGACUUGUCAGAUUUGAAUCUGAAGGACGUGUGUUCAGACUGCCCAGCCGGACCCCCGGGACAGCCUGGUCUCCCAGGGACACCAGGAGACAAGGGACCCGCUGGACCCCCAGGGAAGAACGGACAGGACGGGUACCAAGGCCAAGCAGGCCCGACCGGACCCACUGGACUCCCAGGAGUCAACGGCGAGAAGGGUGUGAAAGGUGAUAGAGGACCCCAAGGAGGACCUGGAGACAAAGGUGAAAAGGGUCACACCGGACCCCCUGGCCACCCCGGUGCUGCUGGCAUCAUGGGGAAUCCUGGUAACGACGGUCAACCCGGCCCCAUCGGUCCCCCAGGAGCCCCUGGAGAAAAAGGCAAGGAGGGGAUGAAGGGAAUCCAGGGGCCACCAGGUCUCCCAGGCUUAAUGGGUCAAAUGGGUAAAAUUGGCAAAGAUGGCCGACCAGGAGAACAAGGAGAACCUGGUAAACAAGGAGAGACAGGACCACCAGGACAACCAGGUCUCAGGGGAAUGCCUGGCUUCAAGGGUCACAGAGGAGAGCCUGGACAACCAGGUUCAAAGGGUGAAGAUGGAAAGGAAGGACGUAACGGACCGGAGGGUAAACCUGGCCAAGAUGGUAAUACUGGACCACCUGGACCAGAAGGCCUGGCUGGCCGGAGAGGGGAGAAUGGUAAACCUGGUGAACCAGGACCUUCAGGAAAGCCAGGAGCCCCUGGUACUCCAGGUCAGGCUGGAGCCAAGGGAGACCCUGGGAACCCAGGAUUACCAGGCUUUAGUGGUCCCAAGGGACCGUCGGGUCCUGCUGGUCCGGUUGGUCCAGAGGGGAAACAGGGUAUGUCUGGCAGAGCAGGAGAACGUGGAGUCAAAGGAGAGAGGGGCGACUCAGGUGGGAAGGGAGAUAAGGGACCUGUUGGAGAUCCAGGUAUGCCUGGUAACCAGGGGCUCCCAGGUCGUAAGGGCCACACAGGGAUGAUGGGUAUGUCCGGGCCCCCAGGAGAGGUGGGUCUUACCGGCCCUCAGGGAACACCUGGAAACCCCGGACAACCAGGACCACGGGGAGAGUCACCAUCACUGGAAACAAUGAGAAGGCUGAUCCAGGAGGAACUAGCUAAAGCGUUAGAUGCCAAAAUGGCGUACCUGAUGGCCCAGAUCCAGCCAGCCCAUGUGAAGAGCAUGGCAGGUCGGCCAGGACCUCCAGGCCCCUCGGGGAAAGAAGGGAGCAACGGUCGCCCCGGACCACCAGGGGAGCCUGGCAUGCCUGGGCAGAACGGAGGAGACGGCAUGAGAGGACCCAUGGGUCCUAAAGGUGAGAGAGGAUCCAGAGGAGACAAGGGAGAAAACGGAGUUGGACAGAGAGGAGAGACUGGACCAUCAGGCCCUAUAGGACCAGCAGGUAUGCCAGGCUAUGGUAAGGACGGGCAGCCCGGGGCGGCUGGAGCUCAGGGAGAACCAGGGAAUCCUGGUCCCCAUGGCCAGGCAGGCCCCAGUGGACCCCCAGGGCAGUGUGACCCCUCCCAGUGUGCUUACUAUGCCAGCCUGGGAGCACGACCCCACACCAAGAACGUCAAGGGGAAUUAAAGAGACAGAGACACACAGAAGUUGCGUCCGAUAUGGCAACAUCUAAAGGGAAUAGGAUGCCAUUUCGGACGCAGCCAGAGAGCUACAGGACCCUACCCAAGUCCAGAUAUUUGUGAACUGGGACGUGUCAGGAUGAACCAAGAACUUUUCUUUCUAUUACGAUGUAUCUUCUCAGUGUGGAGGGAGCUCGAGAGAAGUUUGCUGCCUUUGUUUUUUUUUGGGGGGGGGGUGUCUAAUAUUUGGUAAUGUUAUCAUCAAGAAUUACACAAUUUGUUCAAUUUAGACGGACUGCCAUUGUUCUUAUCCGGCUUGAAGGACCAUGUAAAAGACCACCGACUACAGUCAUGCUUACUGGGCUAUAAUGUGGCAGCACGGAACCAGGCCUGGGUUCAAAUAGUAUUUGUUUUCGCUUGAUUGAGCUUGCCUCACACAAUGGAACCUAUGGAAUAGUCCCCAAAAGUGCAAACCCUGCCUAUCAGCACUUUAGGCAGGCUCAAUGAAACGCUCACAACUAUUUCAAAGAAAAGGAAAACUAUCGGUACCCAGGUCUGGUAAAAGAUGGAGCCACAGUUACAGAACGGCCGUUUAACUGACUCCAAAUGAUGCCAUAAUAGUGUUGUCAGUCUCUCAGCGUACACAGUCAUCAACCUGGGAUGGGUUUAGCAUUAGAUUUAACGUCAGCCCAUUUGUCAGUGUCCACAUCAUUGAUCCAGAGGCAGGCAUCUCCUCUGGAGUCAGCUGGUAAUUAUCCAGUCAACGGUUUUAUCUACUUUAUUUUUAUUGAUGGGAAGGAAGAUUAGCCUGGGGGGGGGGGUGACUAAGGCACAAUCUAAAAUAACAAUACUGAGUUUCAUGGAAGGAUGGUGGUGAACAACUUCAUGCUUUGUUUUGUUUUGCCUGUACGCUUAUGAUAGUGCAAUUGUCUUGAAUAAUGAUAGCCAGGCCACCAGUACUGGUCAGGAUGAAUACUGAGCUCUUAGAUUAUCUGGGUAUCUGUAGAGCUCUUACUAGAAUGUCCACCUUAUUACAAACUAAGAUACUGUGUCAAUAACAAAACCAUUUGUGACAGCUUUAAUUGCCUAUUUGUACGAUGUUCAUUGUUCCUCCAAAGGGAAUCACACUUCAUGUAGACAAAACCCAUGACUCUUUCAAAAUGAAAUGGAAAACGUUAAAAGGAAAACUACAUUAUUUCCCCUUUCGUUUGUACCCAAGUGUCUCUGGUGAUUCCACAGAGUCUGGUUGUAAACAGUCUGGAGAGAGAACGUACUAAAAGGAAAACUACAUUUCUCCAUUCGUUUGUACCCAAGUGUCUCUGGUGAUUCCACAGAGUCUGGCUGUAAACAGUCUGGAGAGAGAAGGUACUAAAACCACAGCCUUUGUUCCAGUCGUUCAUCAAAAGUGACUUGUUUCCUGGUUUCACGCCACGUUCUCUCCCUCCUGCUUAUUAGUCUGUCGGGGACACAGUGACUCAAAUAAAGACAUAGUUUUAAUGAAAUGGUUAUGUGCUUUACAAAAUGAGUUCCUUCUUCCCUGUGUUGUAUAUUCUGAUUGGUAAGGGCAGUGAGUAUUCUGUCUGAAGGAUGUGUUCCUCACUCAAGCCACGCCCCCGGCGGACCAAUUAUACCUUCUCUAAAACUCACAAGACUGAUCGAGCGAGAGAGAGUCAGUAAAGAAAUACAAUAGAUAGCCCACUGCUCACUCUAGGGGAAUUAUUUUGGCUUGAAAGAAAUGUAACGCAUCAACGUUGAGGUUACGGAAUGUUAAUCGGGUUACCAAUAAAGUCAAAUAGAUAUUUUGUCUUUUAGACUUUCCUUAUAUGAAUGUGAGCCUGGAUCCAGCAUUUAUUUCUAGAACACAGUAAGAACACCCACAGUGUUCCAGAAGACAAGCCCACACCCACAGUGUUCCAGAACCCAGGCCAACACCCACAGUGUUCCAGAACCCAGGCCAACACCCACAGUGUUCCAGAACGCAGGCCAACACCCACAGUGUUCCAGAACCCAGGCCAACACCCACAGUGUUCCAGAACGCAGGCCAACACCCACAGUGAAAGCACUGCUUGGCCAACUGCACCUCAGGUCAUUUCAUUGAAGGACAUCCAAAGAGCUCUCCAGAAUAUUUAUAGCUAAACAUAUGUUGCGUUUUGUACUGCAGCCUAUCAAACCAUGCCUCAUGAUCCAUAGCAGUCAAAGAGACAGAUGUACUCUUCAAUGACUUGCAUACACUUUACCACCACAUCACAGUGGAGAUGUGUGGACUUGGUUUUGAAUUAGGUUUCAGAAUGACAAACAGGAGCUAUACUACAGUAACAUAAUGGUUUUGAAUUUGGUUUCAGAAUGACAAACAGGAGCUAUACUACAGUAACAUGGUUUUGAAUUUGGUUUCAGAAUGACAAACAGGAGCUAUACUACAGUAACAUGGUUUUGUAAAUGGAUAAUGUUUUUUAGCCCAUUGAUAUGAACCUCAGAAUGUCGGCUGUUUGAUUCCAGUGCUCCCCAUGGCAAAUAUUGCAGAAGGUUCUAGUUUUAUAAUUAUUUGCUUGGCUUGUUUCUUAAUUUCAUAUACAUUUGUGAUUAUUCAAAACAACCAACUGUAUGCAAUUGAUUUAGGUUUUUUGUUCAUUAUACUGUUAAAUUAUUUACAGUUUGAAGUACAUGUAGCCUACCAUAUGUGGAAUGUUAAAAAUGGUUUUACAGUGGUAACCCUUACCUGUUUAUCCUAACAGACUGGUGCUAAAAUAUCCUUAAUUACUGGCUGGUAUAUUUGUAAGUAUUGGAAAGGUAUAUUAUGUACUGUAUCAUGUUGUAAUAAAUACCGGAACAGAUCCUUUUUAUAGAAAA